GCCUGCUGCUACUAAGUGAAUCGGCCAAGAUAGCCUUGUAAGAAUGCGCAGUAUCAAAAAUUUUCUGGCACUGAAAUGCAAAUGCCUGUGGUUCUCGCCGUUGAGUUCCAGACUAGUGGUGAUAUAGCGCUACUGGACUUGUCCACACCCAGCCCCGUGUAUCGCAGCAUUAAUGACCUUCAGUUUCGGUCGUCAUAUGCUGUUUACUUUUUUCAUACAUCGAUAUACUAGCAGAUCUUGACUUGCUUGGUUUGCAUUUGCCUCAAAACAAUG